CAAUUUGCAAGGAUUUUAACUGAAAUGUGUGCAUCGACUUAUCCUGCCAUAAGUUUAGUUUACUUUAUGUAUAAUCAUUUAAUGGACUAUGCUGAAAAAAUAAUGAAGGAUGGAAAAUCUUCAAAAUCCUUAGUUGCAGCUACAAAG